AUGAAGAGGAUGGUUUUAAGGGUAUAUAUUAGUGUUAUAUUCUUCACUUCGGUACUUUGUACUGUACAGCCUCCAAACAUAAACCCUGGAAUAUUAAGCCCAUCUAAGUCACUCGGCGAGUGUCAAUCGUGUAAGUUAUUUAUAGAAUCAUUCAAAACGGGAUUAGAUAGAACAACCCGAGGAAAAUACGAAGGAGGAGAUGCCGCUUGGGAGGUAGAAAAAUUAAAAAAAUCAUACAAACGGAGUGAGAUGCGAUUAGUAGAUAUUCAAGAGGGACUAUGUAAAGAGUCAAAACACUCAAUUCAAUGCCACCAUAUAGCUGAAAAAGCUGAGGAAUUUAUUGAAGAGUGGUGGGCACAAGAUCCUGAUGAAUCUGAUGAUUUAUUUAAAUAUAUAUGUAUAGACAAGUUACAAGUAUGCUGCCCCAAACACCAUUUUGGAAAAGAUUGCACGCCUUGUCCAGGUGACCAUGAUGAUUUAUGCAGUGGCAAUGGAAAAUGUAGGGGUGAUGGCACUCGGAAAGGGAAUGGAACAUGCUUAUGUGAUCCUGGCUAUAUGGGAGAGAACUGCAACCAAUGUUCUUCAGGUUAUUAUUUGUCUUACAAGGAUAACAACAAAAUGUUGUGUUCUGUUUGCCAUCGUUCCUGUAUGGGUGGAUGUCGAGGAGGCACAGCCAAAGACUGUGUUGCUUGUAAAUCUGGAUAUGUUUUUGAUUCAGAAAAUUCAGUUUGCAUUGAUAUAAACGAGUGUGAAGACUUAAAGAGAUGUAAUGCAGGCCAAUUCUGUGAAAAUAGAUUAGGCUCCUAUGCAUGUAUAGCCUGUGAUAAGUCUUGUAAUGGUUGUUAUGGAGGUGGGCCAGAUUUAUGCAGAAAAUGUGCAAAAGGAUACUCAAAAAAAGGAGAGUUGUGUAUUGCUGACAAAGAAGACGAGGAUCAGUCAGAGAUAUUAACUACAACUAGGUACAUCAUAUACGUAGGAUUGUUAAUAACAACAGUAAUAUUACUUACCAAGUCAGCAUCACUUGGCGGCAUUGUCGGCAUCGCGGUAAUCUCAUAUAUCGUCGGUGCUGAAUACUAUUGUAUGAUUAAUGGUCACGCGGGCCUCGUGAAUAUGAAAGACUUUGAUUUGAUGCAAGUAUUUCGCACUUAG